CCAUCACCCACUUCCUCCUCCUGGCAUUCACAGACACGCGGGAGCUGCAGCUCUGGCACUUCUGGCUCUUCCUGGACAUCUCCCUGGCUGCGUUCCUGGGCAACGGCCUCAUCAUUACCAGCACAGCCUGCGACCAGCACCUCCACACCCCCAUGUACUUCUUCCUCCUCAACCUCUCCCUCCUGGACCUGGGCUCCAUCUCCACCAUUCUCUCCAAAUCCAUGGCCAAUUCCCUCUGGAACACCAGGGACAUCUCCUAUGCAGGAUGUGCUGUCCAAGUCCUUUUGCUUAUCUUUUUUAUUUCAGCAGAGUAUUUUCUCCUCACUAUCAUGUCCUAUGACCGCUAUGUGGCCAUCUGCAAGCCCCUGCACUACGGGACCCUCCUGGGCAGCAGAGCUUGUGUCCACAUGGCAGCAGCUGCCUGGGGCAGUGGUUUCAUCUUUGCUCUGCAACACACAGCCAAUACAUUUUCACAACCAUUCUGCCAUGGCAAUGCCCUGGACCAGUUCUUCUGUGAACUUCCACAGAUCCUAAAGAUUUCCUGCUCAGCUGCCUACCUCAGGGAAUUUCAAUUUCUCAUAUUUUGUGCUUUUGUCAUUUUUGGGUGUUUUGUUUUCAUUGUGGGGUCCUAUGUACAGAUCUUCAGGGCUGUGCUGAGGAUUCCCUCUGAGCAGGGACGUCACAAAGCCUCCAUGUGCCUCCCUCGCCUGGCCGUGGUCUCCCUGUUCAUCAGCACUGGCACAUUUGCCUGCCUGAAGCCACCCUCCAUCUCCUCCCCAUCUCUGGAUCUGGUGGUGACAGUGCUGUACUCAGUUCUACCUCCAGCCGUGAACCCCCUCAUCUACAGCAUGAGGAACCAGAAGCUCAAGGGUGCAGUGUGUAAACUGCUGACUGGAUGUUUUUCCUGA